UUGAAACGUUUAAGCGGGGAUGCUGGCGCUCGGUGCGGCAGCCGUCGAAUAGCGAAGUUAUCGGGCCUCGUCCUGCAAGGAGUCGGGUUCGUAGUCGCGAAUAUAGCAUAACUGGUGCCGCCAACAGGACGAAUUAUCGAAAUCAAUAAGCGCUAAUUAGAAUAUUCCGCCCCGAUUGGGAAGACUGCAGCAGGGCUAGAUUGGGAAAGCAUUGGGAACGUGAAAUGCGGGCGCGGGAAAUGUUUGCGUGUUUAUGUCCCCGCAAUUGCUUGGGAAAGUGAGCGAAAGGAGCCGCUCCACUCCUGCUUGGCAGUUCCUUCUGGGCGCCCUAAUUGCCCGCUCUCGUUCGCAGGCAUACACUAAAACCAGCUACUAAGUAUUGGCCAGGCUACCGCGAGUGUGUGUGCUGUGUUUGUUUGUGUUUUGAUGGUCACGUGGUCAGCUCCGAGUUGGCCCACUGCCUCCUUGUGCGUGACAAAAGUGCCGCAGCAACAGCAACAGCAACGGCAGCAAAAACAUCCAAAUUAGAAACAACAACUGCAAUAAAGGAUUAUCCUGCGUGGGACAAAUUUAAAUUGUUGGCCAGCUGCUGCCCGCUAGAACGAAGGAGCCGGAGGAGCCUAGAGAAAGUCGAAAUGUGCUUCCAUUAGGAGCGGGGAAACCGAAACUGGAGAAGUCGCAAUCGAAAUCGGAAUCGGAGGAGAAAAAGUGCAGCGCAAAAUCUGCAAACCAAAUCCAACUUAAGUCACAUCAAAUUAAAAUCAACAAGCGGAGAAGGACCAGCGGAGAAGGAGUCAAGGAAGAAUUAUAAAAAAAAAUAUAUAUAUAUUUAUAGAGACAGAAAGGGCGAACCGGGAAAAUGAAGUGCAAUAAAAGUCAAAUGGCCACGUUAACAAUGUGGAAAAUUUUUAUGGUCCUGCUCCUUGCGAUGGCUCUGCUAAUGCCGGUCACAUUAGCGCGCCUGCAUUCCACUUCCGGCGUUGGAAUGUCCGGCGGAGGCAGCAGCCUGGGUCCUGGCGGAGCAGGUGGCGGCGGCGGUGGAGGCGCAUCCUCUAAGGAUUCACACGUAAAAACGAAGGACAUUGAUGCCGUCGAGGGGAAAUCAGUGUCUCUGCCCUGCCCCAUCACGGAGCCGCUGGAUAACGUGUAUAUGGUCUUAUGGUUCCGCGAUAAUGCCGGCAUACCGCUCUAUAGCUUCGAUGUGCGCGAUAAGGAGAGCCGCAACCAGCCCCGACAUUGGUCAGCCCCGGAGGUUUUUGGCUCACGUGCCAAAUUUCACUUUGACUCGCAGCCAGCAACCUUGGAAAUUAAGGAUAUCAAGCGUCAUGAUCAGGGCAUUUACCGCUGUCGUGUGGACUUUCGCACCAGUCAAACGCAAAGCUUCCGCUUCAAUUUGUCAGUAAUAAUCCUUCCGGAGCAGCCAAUCAUCCUGGAUCGUUGGGGUCGUCAGCUGAAUGGCACUCAAUUGGGGCCCAAGCAGGAGGGCGACGAUAUCGUUAUCACUUGUCGUGUGGUGGGCGGUCGGCCGCAACCGCAGGUCCGGUGGCUCGUAAAUGGACUGCUCGUCGACAAUCAAAACGAGCACAAUUCCGGCGAUGUUAUCGAGAACCGUCUGUUGUGGCCAUCGGUGCAGCGCAACGAUUUGAAUUCCGUAUUCACAUGUCAGGCACUGAAUACGCAAUUAGAUAAGCCCAAGGAGAAGAGCUUCAUACUGGAUAUGCACUUGAAGCCGCUGGUUGUGAAAAUCCUGGACCCGCCCAGCUCGAUGAUUGCCGAUCGUCGCUACGAGGUUUCCUGCGAGUCCUCCGGCUCCCGACCGAAUGCCAUCAUCACCUGGUACAAAGGAAAACGCCAAUUACGCCGCACAAAGGACGACAUAUCAAAGAACUCGACACGCUCCGAGCUGAGCUUUGUGCCGACCACAGACGACGAUGGCAAAUCGAUAACAUGCCGUGCGGAAAAUCCAAAUGUGAAUGGCCUGUAUUUGGAGACCAUGUGGAAAUUGAAUGUCGUUUAUCCACCUCUGGUGACGUUACGCCUGGGCUCUACUCUGACACCGGAUGAUAUCAAGGAAGGCGACGAUGUUUACUUCGAGUGUCACGUACAAUCGAAUCCUCAAUGGCGGAAACUGUUGUGGCUGCAUAAUGGCAUUCAUCUGGAGCAUAAUACAUCCGCCAGAGUAAUUCGUUCAAACCAGAGCCUGGUCCUUCAGAAGAUCACAAAGCACUAUGCCGGUAAUUAUGCCUGCAGUGCCAUCAACGACGAGGGCGAGACGGUCAGCAAUCAGCUGCCUCUGAGGGUGAAGUAUACACCCAUUUGCAAGCACUCCGACCGCGUGAUAUUAAUUGGUGCCUCAAAGGACGAGACCGUUGAGGUUGUGUGCGAGAUUCAGGCCGAUCCCCCGCCACGGACAUUUCGCUGGAAAUUCAACAACUCGGGCGAAACUCUGGACGUGGGAAGCGAGCGCUUCAGCGUGAACGGCAGCCGCAGCAUUUUAAAGUACACACCGGUCACAGAUCAGGAUUAUGGCACACUGUCCUGCUGGGCAUCCAACGAGGUGGGCACCCAGCAGCAUCCCUGCCUCUUCCAAGUAGUGCUAGCCGCCCUGCCGAACGCCGUCAGCAACUGUACCGUCUUUAACCGCACCGAGCUCAGUGUUGACAUCCAGUGCAUACCGGGCUAUGACGGGGGCCUGCCGCAAAUAUUUGUGCUCGAAAUGUUUUCAACACGCACCGGCAUCACCAGAUUCAAUUUGAGCAACGCCGAGGAGGCUCUCUUUUCGCUGGAGAACCUGGACACGCUGACCUCGAUGAUGGUACAGGAGAACAACUCGCUCCGGCUGCGCAUCUACUCGUACAACCAGAAGGGACGCAGCGCCGCCUAUCUCCUGCCCGACUUCAUAAUUGGCUCAACAGCUUACAAGACAGACGACGAUGUAACACUGACAUUGUCGCCGGUGAUUGUCGGCAGUGUCCUGACCAUCAUAAUUAUUGGUGUCGCCAUCGCGAUACGAAUAUUCGUGGUGACAUUUGUGCACAAUUUGCGGCGGAAUCGUCAUCAUGGCGGAAAAGCCACCACCGCCGGAGUAACCGCACAGCCAGGCGAUGUCUUCAAGGGCGGCAACUUGGAGAAGCCGCGAUGGCAGCACACGGACAUAAAAACGAAAUCAUCCGAGGAUUUGGUUGAGGACGAACGUGAUCCGGACGUAAUACCAUCGCAAUAUGUCGGCGGCAGCAGCGCCGGCAGCAGCGGCAGCAAUGCCUCCAAUGUGGGCAGCACCACCGCCGGCACCGCCACGGGCAGCAGCACCUCUACCGCAGUGGUGGCCCCCACGGCAGCAGCAUCAGCAGCAGGAGGAGGAGCAGCGUCAGCAUCAGCAGGAGCAUCCACAGGAACUGGAGCGGGAGCGAUAGCAGGAGCCACUGCCACGGAUGUCCAUCAGUUUGCAACAGUCGCAUCAGCGGGUGGCGGAACUGCGGCAGGUGUUGCCAAGUGGUCACCCAAUGGCAAUGUGGUGCCCCUGACGACGGCAAUGCUGUCCAGCGAGGCGGCGAAUGCGACUGUCACCUACAAUCAAAUCAACGCGCAGCGGGCACAGCUUCUGGCGGCUGUGGCGGCAGCGGGUGGCGGAUGCAGCAGCACCGUCAUCUCGCCCAGCAGCAGCAUGCUGGGCAGCCUGGGCAGCAGGAUGGGCAUGGGAAUGGGCGCGGUCGGAUCGCCCACCUCGCUGUCUUCGACCGCCACUCUGGCGGCGCAUCUGCAGCCGGCGCACAGCAGCGGGGUGGGCACACUGCCCCCGGGCCUGGGCAGUGGCGGGGGCUAUAUACUGAACGCCUACGCCAGUGGAAGGCUGCACCAUCCGCCUGGAGCAGCGAGCGCCACCCUGAACAGGCACCACCACCAGCAGCAUCAGCACCACCAGCAGCAGCAGCAGCAUCAGCAGCUCCAUCUGCCUCACCACCAGCAGCAGCACCACUCCGGCUCCAGCCUGCUGCUGGGCAGCACUGGCAGUGUCAUGGGCGUCAUGGGUGUGGCUAACAACGCGACCGCCACAACGACGGCCACCACUUCGUGCAACUCGUCGCAGGACCUGGACGAUAAUAUCAACAUAAAUGCGAUCAAGGACUGCCUGAUGACGCAGCGAGUGCCCGAGAGCUGUGUCUAAGUCCGAAAGUCAGAAAGUCUGGCUGUAGGUGUAAGUAUGGCAUACAGGUCUCCGUUGGCGUUGGGAGACAAACACUGAACUAACAUAUUCCGUUUCGGCUAAAACACCAUCUUCCCUUUAAGUUUCAACAAUAAAAUCAUUUCGUUUAUACAUAUCCUUCAACAUUCAAGAAUUUCAGUGUAUGUUAAAACUAAAACAAGUCUGUUCUGUUCUUGUUAAGGUGCUGUGCAUAUAUAAUCUUAAGCCUAAGUGAAAUCUGGAAUAUUAAGAACUAAGCAUAACUGAUCGGAAGCCGAGAAACCCUUCGGUUCAAUAGCAUAUCCCUUGUUAUAUCAAUAAACGAUAGAAUAUUAAGCAAAAUAUCAUAAAAUAUAUGGUUUUGUAAUGACUUUCUUUUCCAAAAUGAUUUCGCCCUGCCUUCCAUAAAUUACAACUAAAAAGUAAAGUGAACCUCGGUAAAAAUAUUUAAACAAUGUAAAAUCUGUCAAAUAAAAACAGAUGAUUGGGUAUUUGAAGAUUUAUCAAGAAACACAGUUAAACAUACACCCUAUUUUAAAGUAACUUCAAAAAGACUCGGACAAAUUAGUAGCUAAAUAUUUGUAGCAAAAAUAUUAUCGAAAUAGGAAAGAAAUAUCAUAGGAGUAAUUGGUACUGUAAGUAAACGGUGUACAUAAUAUUCGUGGAUUGUGUAAAAAAUCAUGGUUUAACCCAAAGAUCAUUCUGUUACUGUAUAUAGACAACAUACUUAUGUAAAUGUAUCAAAGUUUAUGUUUAAAAUGCCGUUUUAACUGGCCAAAGGUCCUGCGUAGAGCUACAGUUUUUGAGCGAAAUGCUCGGAAAGGAAUGCUAGUUAUAAGACACCCUAGAUCAUAGAAAAUAAAAGAGUUUAAACUGUGCUAGGCUAGCAGCAUUAAGCAUAAAUAUCAAUUAAAGCGUUAGCUAAGUUGGUGGAGAGAUGUGACAAAAACAAAAUUAAAUACUCGGAGUAUAAGCAAAAGCCGAAAAGUAAAU